GCCCGUCGGCCGUCGGCUCCACUCCCAGUCUCCCUCCCAGUCAUAACCACCAUCCUCCCCUUCCCUUCCUUUCUCCCUCUCAUGGGCAUCCCCACCUCCGGGAAAGAGAACCCAACCCCCACAUGACGCCGCAGGCUGCGCCGGCGUCGGCGGCGCUCGGGUUCCUCGUCCCGACGCGCUGGGAGAUCGAGGUCACCUGCGCCGCCGCGACGGCCCUCGUCCUCGUCCUCGCCGCGCUCUACGCGCUCCACCGCCCGCGCCGCGCGCCCGCGGCCGCCGACGGCCUCCAGCUCGUCGACAAGUGCCACAAGGGAGCGCCCUCGGCGUAUGCGGUCAACCUGAAGCUGCUCGCCGCCAAGGAUUUGAUGGCGGCCAACUUAAACGGGAAUUCAGACCCGUAUGCACGCAUCACCUGCGGCCAAGACAAGCGUUUCAGCUCCAUGGUUCCUGGCUCAAGAAACCCAAUGUGGGGAGAGGAAUUCAAUUUUGUUGUUGACUGCCUUCCUGUAAAGAUAAAGGUGGAAAUAUACGAUUGGGACAUAGUAUGGAAGAGCACAACACUUGGUUCUGUUACUGUUUCAGCUGAGUCUGAGAAGCAGAGUGGACCAGUUUGGCAUGCACUUGACAGCUCAUCAGGGCGGGUUUGUCUCCAUAUCAAGGCGAUCAGGGUUAAUGAGAGCUCCUCCAGGGAUCUAAACAACUCUGCUGAGGCUGAUGCUCGUAAAAGGAUGUCCUUAGACAAAGAAGGCCCUACUGUCGUUCACCAAAAGCCAGGUCAUUUACAGACAAUUUUUGGGCUACCUCCAGAUGAGGUUGUUGAACACACUUAUUCAUGUGCACUUGAGAGGUCAUUUCUAUAUCACGGUCGCAUGUAUGUGUCUUUAUGGCACAUUUGCUUCUAUUCAAACAUCUUCUCUAAGCAGAUUAAGGUUGAGCUCCCUUUGAGAGAUAUUGAUGAGAUAACAAAAAGCCAACUUGCAGUUAUUAAUCCUGCAAUUACGAUAUUUCUUCGAACGGGAGCGGGAGGACAUGGAGUUCCUUCCUUAGCAUGCCCUGAUGGAAGAGUUAGAUAUAUAUUUGCAUCAUUUUGGAACAGAAACCACACAGUUAGAGCAUUGGAACAAGCUGUGAAGAACUUCCAUACCAUGAUAGAGGCUGAGAAACAGGAAUAUGCUCGAUCUGCAUUACGUGCACUCAGUGGCUCAAGAAACAAUAGCAUGGAGACAGAUGUUCCAGAAGAAUGUGCUGAUUUAACAGGGCUACUGCAACCUUUUGUCAAAGAAGAAGUUCUAGUCUCUGUAUUUGAUGGAACAUUUCCGUGUACUGCAGACCAGUUUUUCAGUAAUCUUAUAAGUGAUGACUCAACUUACACAACAGAAUAUCGGACAGCUCGUCAGGAUAAAGAUAUCAACCUGGGCCAGUGGCACCUUGCAGAUGAGUACGAUGGUCAGGUGAGAGAACUUAACUGUAAAUCCAUGUGCCACAGUCCAAUGUGCCCUCCAUAUUCAGCAAUAACAGAGUGGCAGCGUACGGUUCUUUCAGCUAACAAAACCGAUCUGGUAUUCGAGACUGUACAACAAGUACAUGAUGUUCCGUUUGGUUCCUAUUUUGAGAUACACUGUAGAUGGUCUGUGAAAACCAUCGAUUCUAGUUCGUGCAGUGUUGACAUUAGUGCGGGUGCACAUUUCAAGAAAUGGUGCAUAAUGCAGUCUAAGAUAAAGAGCGGUGCUGUGGACGAGUUAAAGAAGGAAGUUGGAGAAAUGUUAGGGUUUGCGGAGUCGUAUAUGCUAAAAGUUAGCUCCCCUAACCAAGAAGACGAUGGUACUGCCCAACAAGGCAGCACGGCGCCAGACGCAGAUGACAUACCUGGUGAUCAGUAACUAGCUGAGCAUGCUCUCUUCUCAUGACAGGCACCUUCGCACGAUGGUGUUUUAUGAUGAUACCCGGUGGACCUGUAACUGUAACUAGUCCAAAUUUGGUAUGAUUGGCUGCCUUAAAGGUAAAAAUUGUUUAGGAAAUCCUAUAUAGUCUUAUGUAUGGCCUCUUGCAUCAUUGUGACACAUACAAGAUAGUUAUUAAACGGUGAAUAUCAAGGUUUAGUACACAAA